AUGACCAGAGGUGGAGAAACUGUUCUUCCUCAUUACCUCAGGGCUUCUACUGGUUCCUGUCAUGAUUUUUGUAAAUAUGGGAGGAAACAUGCAUUAGAAGCAAAGGCAAGAAGCCACAUACUGAAGAGAGUUGUAAAAAAAACCCCUGACACAGAAUAUCUACUAGUCAGUGUAGAUCUGCCAGGGAGGAAGAAGACGCCAGUGGUCAAGCUCAAACCGUCAUCUGACUCCAAAUCCCAUGAGUCUGAUAUCCCUCAGACCAUUAAGCAGGAAGUGCCAACACAAUUACCUGUCAGCAAAAAUCCGACAGAAAGUAAAGUUCUGGCGGAGAGGAGAAAGACAUCAGGGGUCAAGUUUAAAUCUUCCCCACAUGCGAAAACCCGCACAUAUGAUCCCCCGAAAACCAUGAAGCGGGAAGUGUCAUCAUCUUCUGAAAAAGUGGAAGUUUCUUCGAAAAAAGGUUCAUCAAAAGCUAAAAACUUGAACUUGUCUAUGAAGCCGGAAUCUUUGACAGUGAAGCCAAUAUCUUCUCCUAAAUUUUCAGGAGGUAUAAGUAGCCUAAGAAAAGGUGAUGUCAAAAUUGGGAAGCGGGAAGUGUCAUCAUCUUCUGAAAAAGUGGAAGUUUAUUCGAAAAAAGUUUUAUCAAAAGCUAAAAAUUUAAACUUGUCUAUGAAGCAUGCUACUUCUUUGAAGCCAGAAUCUUUGACAGUGAAGCCAAUAUCUUCUCCUAAAUUUUCAGGAGGUAUAAGUAGCCUGAGAAAAAGUGAUGUCCAAAUUGGCAAGACGACUGGGACAUCCAAAGUAGCUGUAAAGAAGGCCCUGCCUUCCCCAACAGCCUCAUUUUCUUUGGAGUCUUCUGUCAAUCGUGUUGCAGGAUUAAAUGAAAGAAAGCACAGGGAUUUGAAAGCUGUGUCCCCUCUUAUGAAUAAGAACAAGAUCCGAGAAGCUGAACCUAAGCAACUCAACAAUGAUGAGGUUGUGGAGAAAACCUUGUAUGUCAUCAAGAUGGAAACUGAGAACAAAACUUUGGAAUGUGAUCAAAAUGAAGGUUUUGCAAUUGAAUUGUCACCUGCUUUACCCUCAUCUCCGAAGUCUUCAUCCCUCCCAAAUGCUCCUUCUUCUUCAUCCUAUGAAGAAGAAUCUCAAGAGGAGUCUGAAUGUAUGAUGAGUGAAGCAGAAUAUGACUCACUAUCAGAAAACAAUGUGGAAAACAUAGAAGAAGCAGACUCCUCGGAAGAGGGAUACAAAGGGAGGCCCACAAAGGCUGGGAUGGUUUGUUCUGAAGAUAAAAAUUGCCAACCGUCGAAGUUAAAGUUCAGGAGGGGGAAGGUGGUUGAUGUUCAUUCUGUAAAUAACAGUCCAAGGAGGCUCAAGUUUAGGCGAGGGAAACUGCUAGGCGAGGACCAAAAUGUCAAGGCUGAUACCCGAAGGAGAAGCUUUAAGAGGACAGAAGGAGUUGAUGGUGACACGAACGGUUCCGAACCUGGUUCACAAAAAGUUGUUUUGAGACAUCAAGAUGUGCAGGGGAAGAAUGCUCAGGGUUUGUUUAAUAAUGUGAUUGAAGAAACGGCAAGUAAACUCGUUGAAACCCGGAAGAGCAAGGUUAAGGCCUUGGUCGGUGCUUUUGAAACUGUGAUCUCCCUCCAAGACAAAAAACCUUCUGCAAACACUGUAACUUGAGUUAAAAAGGAACCUUUUAUUCAUUGACAAUCCAUUGGUUUCAUAAAAGAGUGAGAGGAAAAUAAAUCUAGAGCUUGUAAUGGAGAAGUGAGUAACAAGCUUAUGGAGCUGCAGCAGUUCAUAGAAGAUUGCUACAGUUAACAUUAGAGGGUCUGGGUGUAGAGUUAAUGUGGAGAGUCUUGUGGUGUACUGACAUGCUUCAUAUACAUUUCUGAAGGGUAUGCUGCUGCUUGCUUUCUUUUUGAAUUUCAUACCUAAUGUGAUCGAUUUGUGCGUUGUGAAUAAAAUCUGUAUAAUCUCGACGUUAUGUAGUUUGAGUGGGAAAAUAAAAAUCUAUACAACUAUGAGUCAUUUAGUUUUA